ACCUCGUUGAUUGAUCAGAAACUUUUCAUAAUCCCGACCUGUUACAUUGGAUGAACAAGUUUACUUGCAUAUUUUGUUAAAUGGGGCAUUGAAGAAUUUAUAAGUGUUAAAAUUCUAUAUUUUGGAUUAAAAAACACAAUGGCAGAAAAGUUAAAAGAGAGCUCCAAGGGUAAAAAAGUAGUUAUUGGAAUAGACGGAAGUGAUAAUUCUAUGUUUGCAAUUGAAUGGUAUGCCAAGAACGUUCACAAAACAGAUGACUACGUAAUAUUGGUAUAUUGUGUAGAGAUGAACGAAUUGCUUUCCUCUUCUGAACUAUAUCAUUCACCAAACCCUGAAGACGUAGACGCAUUCAAAACCAUAUUAGAUCACGAAAUUCAUAAGGUGGAAGCUAGACUCGAAGAGUUUGGGGCUUGUCUACAAAGAUUGAAAUUAAAAGGCGUCGCUAAAAGUACCCAAGCAUCAAAACCCGCCGAAGGAAUUUUAAGAGUUGCAAAAGAAGAAAACGCCGCUUUGAUCAUUACUGGAACUAGAGCUCUUGGUAAAUUACGGAGGACACUGUUAGGGAGUGUUAGUGAUUAUCUUGUUCAUCAUUCUAAUGUUCCUGUAUUAGUUUGCAGAACAAAGGAAGAGAAAAAGAAAUGAACAAAUGCAUUCAAUGUUUGUCUUUACUUGUAUUGAUCAAACUAGUAUUAAAUGUUAUAAGAAUUAGUAUAUUGUAUAAAAUGUAAAUAAUAAAGCUUUGCAUGUUUGAAA